CGUAAAUAGUUUUUACCGACCUCUCCAACAAGGGAUACAACUCUGAUCAUCUCCCAAAAUGGCAACAAAACUGUUCACACAAAAGUGUUGUCAUUGUUUGGCAACGGCAAAGCAGCUGAGAUUAUUUCGGCCAAUGGUUUCAAGACAUUAUCAGACAAAUUAUGGAGACGAGCAAACUGCAGAUAUUGUCAUCUCUGGUGGAGGGAUGGUUGGAGCAUCAAUGGCCUGUGCACUGGGUCAUGAAAGUAUCUUGCAAAAUAAAAGAAUAGUUUUAUUAGAGGCAGCUCCUAAAAAAACACUAAUUUUGAGUGAAAGUUAUGGUAACAGGACCUGUACACUUAGUCCUGCAACUGUUCAAUUGUUUGAAAAAUGUGAUGUCUGGUCAGAAGUUGAAGAUAUGAGAUGUCAAAAAGUGUUACGAAUGCAGGUGUGGGAAUCUUGUUCAAAUUCACUGAUUACCUUUAAUCAAGAGAAUAUGGCAGAUGAGUUAGCAUAUGUAGCAGAGAAUGAUGUGAUACAAGAAGCUCUUACACGGAGACUUGACACACUCCAGGGUCGUGUAGAAGUCAUGUACAAAACAAGAGUAGAUGAUAUUAAAAUACCAGGUGUAUCUAAAGAUAUGGACUCUAAUGCUUGGGUCAAAUUAGUACUUAACAAUGGACAGACACUUAAAACAAAACUUUUAAUAGGAUCUGAUGGUAUGAAUUCUUCUGUAAGAAAGGCAGCACAAUUUCAUACAGUAAAUUUCAGUUACAACCAAAAAGCAGUUGUUGCUGUAUUAAAUAUUCUAGGGACUGACAACAAUGUUGCCUGGCAAAGAUUUCUACCCACAGGUCCAAUAGCAAUGUUACCACUGUCAGAUACAGUGAUGAGUUUAAUAUGGACAACAUCACCAGAUCAUGCAGAACAUCUCUCCUCAUUGUCAGAUGAAAGCUUUAUUGAUGCUGUAAAUGAUGCUUAUUGGCAUGACAGGGACAUUAAUGAAGUUGCUAACAAAGUUUCAAGCACGUUCCAGAGUUUGGUACAGACACUGUCACCAGGUGGGACAUCAUGUAGACAAUUACCACCUACAGUUACAGGUGUACAGAAAGGAAGUCGUGCCUCAUUUCCACUAGGUCUUACACAUUCUUCAAACUAUGUUAGACAUAGAGUAGCUUUAGUUGGGGAUGCAGCUCAUAGACUUCACCCCCUUGCUGGACAAGGAGUGAACCUUGGUUUUGGUGAUGUUUCUAAAUUAUCAGAAGUAAUAUCAAGAGCUGCUUCUGAUGGCAGUGAUCUAGGAACAUUGUCUUACCUUAAGGAAUAUGAGACAGAUCGUCAAAGAAAAGUGCUGCCAGUAAUUGGUACCAUAGAUGGCCUGCACAGACUUUACAACACUGACUUUACACCUAUUGUAUUACUCCGGACACUUGGUUUACAAGCUGUAAAUGCAUUGACGCCUUUAAAGGACAAAAUAAUUGAACAGGCAUCCAAAAAGUGAUAGAAAAAAGGAUGGAAUAUAAAAGGCUGUUGGUGCAAUAAAGUUUUUCUAAGACUGCUAGAAUGUUGUUAUUUUGGAUUGUACACUUUUGUAGAAAUAAAAAAGGAAAGAUUUUUUCA